GGAGGGGGAGGGGUGUCCCGUCGGCAGGCACACAGACAGUAGGCAGCAGCUGCAGCGACAGGACCCGGCGCUGUUACUCUGCACUGAAAACAUUCACAUUACGAUUUUAGCUCCGAAAAACACACACACGCACGGGCAGGUUUAGAAACACUCCACACACGCACGACCUCUUUCUAAAAUGGUAGACCGCGAGCAACUGGUGCAGAAAGCCAGGCUGGCCGAGCAGGCAGAGAGGUAUGAUGAUAUGGCAGCUUGCAUGAAAUCGGUCACAGAGCUGAAUGAAGCACUAUCCAACGAGGAGCGGAACCUCCUCUCUGUGGCCUAUAAGAAUGUAGUUGGGGCAAGGCGUUCAUCCUGGCGCGUCAUCUCCAGCAUUGAGCAGAAGACAUCGGCUGACGGCAAUGAGAAGAAGAUUGAGAUGGUGCGGGCCUACCGGGAAAAGAUCGAGAAGGAGCUGGAGUCUGUCUGCCAAGAUGUGCUCAACCUCCUCGACAACUACCUGAUCAAGAACUGCAACGAGACGCAGCAUGAGAGCAAAGUGUUCUACCUGAAGAUGAAGGGCGACUACUACCGCUACCUGGCCGAGGUUGCCACGGGGGAGAAGAGAGCCUCGGUGGUGGAGUCCUCUGAGAAGUCCUACAGCGAGGCCCACGAGAUCAGCAAGGAGCACAUGCAGCCGACCCACCCCAUCCGCCUGGGCCUGGCUCUUAACUACUCUGUCUUCUACUACGAGAUCCAGAACGCCCCAGAGCAGGCGUGCCACCUGGCCAAGACCGCUUUCGACGACGCCAUUGCCGAGCUGGAUACUCUCAACGAGGACUCCUACAAAGACUCCACUCUCAUCAUGCAGCUGCUACGAGACAACUUGACGCUCUGGACGAGCGACCAGCAGGACGACGAGGGAGGAGAGGGCAACAACUAAGGAGUCUAGAACCUCAUUCUGCCAAAACAACACAAACACGCGCGCUCACAAAUGAUGACAAAAAUAAUAAUAAUAAUAAUAGUUAAAAUGUUCUUAGAAAUUUAAAACAAAAAAAAGAGGGAGGGUGGGUUGGGGAGGGGGGCGGUGGAACCUCGGCGGCCUAUUGAAGCCGAUGGUUGCUGACGCGGCUGCAGUUCAGAAAUAACCUACAGUUAAAGAAAAAAGAACCCCCUCCUUGAUAGCCUCUGCAGCAUUUGCCAAAAUACCACUUUUAGAUGCAAGAGGUAUGCCAUUGAUCACAGUGUGACCAUCAGGUAAUGAUACCUUCAUACUGGCAGAGAUUGGUCUCAUCGUGCAAAUGAAGUUGAGCUGUCUUGCUAUAUUUGGCGAGGGAGGAGCAUUCAGAAAAUUCAGUUUCGAUGUUUGAGCAGCAGGAAAAAUGAAGUAACCUUGAAUGUCACAGCCUUUCUUGGUGAAAGAAAGGGAGGGGGAGAGAGAGUGAGAGAGAGGAGCGAGCAGGUGGGUUGGGAGAUGAAGACGAGCUGUUUUGGGGGUGUCGAACUUCAUCGCGUAAAAACGUACUGACAUCUUUAGUUGCACCGCCCGGGCCCAUGGUUGUUGAGUGAAAAGCAGGUUGUCUCUGUUAUUGAUAACAAACAACAACAAAAAAAUUUUUUUUGUUUGCUUAUGUCAGGUAUGUGUCCUGCUCAGUCACACAGUCAUACUGUAACUAAAACUACAGAUUCAUAAAGUAAACUUAGUGCAGCUUGUCCCUCUCAUGUGCUGAUGUGCUUUAUUGAAUAAAUUAACUGUUUUUGGACACCCAAUUCUUAUUGUCAGUAUUGUCGUUACUACUUCUAUCGGCUCCUUUAUUUCUGAGGAAACUAUUUGAUCGAGAUAGCGAAAAAUACCAUCAAUUUUCACCUUUAGGUAAUGCUGUCUUCGAAACAAUUGGCAGGGUCUGAUCUGAAACGUCACCUGGAACCGAGCAUGAUCUGUGGACAGAGAGCACAUGCACUGUUAAAGUGGAAGCUGUAAAAGCAGACGUGAGGUUUGUGGGUUUACUUUGUCUUCAGUUUCUUCUUGGUCUAGAAAAUGCACUUGAUUAUUAUACUGUUUCUUCAGUGUAAGAUGAUAACUGCUCCAAUAGUCUCCAUAAUACAAUCUUGUGCAUGCUGGUGAUGUAUUUAUACAGUAGCUUCAAUUUAUUAACUUACUGUAGAUGUUAUGCAUUCAUAUGAACAUGGAAUUACUAGACCUUAAUCGGAUUAUUUUCUAUUUAUUUCUUUUUAUUGCGAUUGUUAGUUAGACACAUUUUAAUCUGUGUUUUCUUUACUCCAUUUGCUGAAGUACGCUAUACCAAAACAGUGAUUGUUAACAAUAAAUUGAUCUGUUAUGGACAUCA